AUGGACAACAGCAUAUGGGACACAACCGUUUGCUCCAGCAUUCUAGGGGCCCCCGAUAUUUUUGAGGACGACAAGACUCUGUUCGCCAACGCUGACGCCUGGGACGAGUUUCUUGUUAAAUCAGAUGAUUUGGACUCUUCUAAUUAUACUGGUAGUAUGCAUUAUAUGCCAAUAGGGGAAAAUGAUGCUGAGGACACCGCCUCUGCUGGUUCAGAGGCUUUCACAGAGUCUUCACUACCCACAAACCCGGUUGGGCGACACCAAAGAAUGCAUUCCGCUGCUUUGACUACUCAGCCACUGGUGCCCAUGGCCCAUUUUGACGGCCCGAGCAGUUCUUCGACCUCUCAGCAUACCCACUCUUUGACCACGCUAGACGAGGAUGCUUUUCGGGCCGAGGACCAUUUUGCCACACUGAUGCACAAAGUUCCAUCUACGCAGGACCUCUCACAAGCGCCCAUUACCCCAGAUAUGACUCUCAAGUCGCCAAUGUCUCGGCAACCACUACCACCGCUGCCCGUGCCAUUAGCAACUCCUCGAAAUGUAGCAAACCCACAGUCCAUGAUAUCGCAGCAACGGGGAUCGCCUCCAAAAGAAGACGAAAAGCCGAAACCCAAGUCUGGUGCAAUUCAACGAAGGCGAAUGACCGAGCAGCAAACAGUGCUUUUGGAGUCGAGUUUUCAGCAAAACCCACGACCCGAUGCGGCCGAAAAAGAGCGUUUGACAAUUGUUGCUGGUCUUCAACUACGUACGGUGCAAAUCUGGUUUCAAAAUCGCCGUGCAAAGGCAAAGGCUCGAAAACAGCCAUCACAACACUACGAUAUGGUCAAGCAUCUCGAGCAGAAAACUCCUGUCCAACAGCCCAUUGUGCCUCUACUACGUACGAGGUCUGUGCCAGCGGUUCCAGCUCUAUCUUUGAGCACGGCGGGUGCUGCGGCGGCAGUGGGAGCAGUAUCUGCGUCUCCAGGCUAUCUUUCAGAUGGAUCGAAUACGCCAUGGAGCGAGCUUGCGAGUCCAAUGGCAGACAUGUCGGCUCAGAGUCCGUUGAACGAGCAAUGGUCGAGACAAAGCCAUUUGCUCCAGUCACCAUACAUCUACGCGAGAGAUGGUUCAGGCAGUAAUGCGGCAAGCGCUGCUGCGGCGGCUGCGCUGGGACGCCCGCCACCGCUGAAUCGAUCUAAAUCGACGUCUGUUUUGCCUGGAUACACAAAGGGUGAGCCCAAGCGGCGAAAGGAUUCCAAUGCAAGCCUUCUGGGGCUUCGAAGCGGGCAAACCACACCGCAGUCACGGGUAUCUCCAAUGGGUUCACCGCGAGCCUACGCGCCCCGUGUUACCGCGGCGCCCUUGGAUGCUCGGGUCGCUGCAAAUUUCCUCCAUCAGCAGCAGCAGCACAGGAGACAGCGCAGCUAUACGCAACCGUCGUUGCAGCCAGCCGCAGAGGACGACAACGCACCAAUGCGGUUAUCAUUGGAUCUUAACAGCGACCAGGCACGCCUAGUAUGGGUGCCCGCAAAAAAAGAUAGCAAUUCGGCCGGGCCGGGGGGAAUUACCACUAGUACCCCCGCGGCGGCGGCUGCUGCAGCUGCUGCUGCCAUAUCGGCCUCAUCAAACCAUGGUGAGCCCUGGCCGACUUACGCGCCGCGCACUCCAUCGCUAGGAUCGCACCUGGGAUGGCCGAAUAUGCCGCCCAAUGCUCCGGCAACUGCACCAUCAAGCCGGCGGGACUCGGUUGCCAGUCUAUUUAGCCUCGAGGAGGAAGCGUCACCAGGCAUGUCACCAGGCCUGUCAGGCGUGCUUACACGAAGGGUUUCUCGACCGGCCAUUGACUCGGUUCCUGAAGAGGAAUCGCAAUUUCUUGGGUUUUAA